AGUACUUUUAUUGAUUGUGAUGGAAACAUCGGUACUGCGAGGGAGGGGCUCGCCUGGACCCCCCUGGGGCAGUGAGGAUUACCAAGGAAGUGUCUAUCACCAUCUCACGCGGUGGUCGGCCUUCGUGGACUUCAAUCGUAGAGGGGUAUUGGGCUGCAAGGACUGGAUAGAGCGGUACUCUUUGGGGGCCAAGUUGGAGGGUCAUCGGGGAUGUGUUAACUCCGUACUAUGGUCGGAGGAUGGUGCCUUCGUGAUCAGUGGUAGUGACGAUAAAGAUGUGCGAAUAUGGCGCGAGCAAGGAGGCUCCUCUCAGUGGAAGUGUGUCACCACCCUUGAGACAGGGCAUUCCCACAACAUUUUCUGCGCUACCUUCGUACCAGGGAGCUGUAGUCGCGAAGUGGUGACCUGUGCUGGCGAUGGGGAACUGCGUGAUAUCGACGUGGAGACUGCCACUACUAGGGUCCUCCAUAGUUGCCCAGGGAUCUGUUUCAAGCACUGUCAUGCCCCAUUCUGUCCUCAACUCGUACUCCUCACUAAGCAAGAUGGAGGCGUUCGGCAAAUCGAUCUGCGUGAGGGAAUCCCGCCGUCUUUGGAAAACAGAGGGAGGGGUGGUGGCGUGCGUCUUUUCAAUGUUAACAACUUUCAAGAGCCCUCCUCUCGCGCCGUCAAUAUGUCAACAGCUAUCGGCUUCAAUCCUGUCCAGCCCUACCUCUUUGCCCUCGGGGAGUGCUCCAAAGUAGUCCGGACUUUCGACAUGCGGAUGAUACGCUCGGCUUUGGAAGCUGAUGUUUGCCAUGACGUUAGUCAGAUGGCUGUGCAACAGUUCUACCCCGAGACAGUGAUGGAAGAUGCUACCGACCCCGACGAUCUAGCGCUAUCUGGCCUGUGGUGGUCCAAGGAUGGCAACAGCCUCCUCCUCAACUACAGGGGCUCUGAUAUGUAUGAGAUCAAGAGCUUGGAUAAGGUUGAGCGUACGAGGCCGAGUACGUCCCCGGCGUCGUCCAUAGGCAGCAAGAGUGUGGUAGCAGUGGAGACUUCUAACCUGAGGGUCUACACUGGGAGGAGGAAUGAGGAGACCUUCGCUAAGGAAUGUUGCAUGCUGAAUGGAGACCGGUACGUCGCAACGGGAGGAGAUUGCGGUCAUGUAUACAUCUGGGAUCGCUGUACGCAGAGGCUCCAGCGGAAGAUCAAAGCCGAUACGUUCGUCGUUAAUUGUGUGGCCCCCCAUCCCCUAGGAGAACCUUUCCUACUAACUAGCGGUAUAGACAGCGACGUUAAGCUGUGGCACACUGGGACUAUCCGACAUACGUUGAAGCGCGACUGUAGCAACAAUCUACUUAAUGGUGGUCUCUCUCGACCGCUGAGAUCUCGAUUGUUCGGCUCUCAGCGAGAGGAUGAGGCGCCAACGACGAUCAUAACGAUAGAGGAGAUCAGAGGGCGGAUAGAUAGAGCUAAUAGUAAGAGACAACAUGCCAAUGAUGCCUUCCGGGAAUCACGGUACCAGACAGCUCUAGUGUUAUAUAGCGAGGUGUUAGACUUACUACGAUACAACUCUACUGAGGAGAGCGAUGAAUUGGAAAGGGAACGGCGGGAGUGUGCGGCGAUUACCUACAGUAACAUGACUGCUUGCCAUAUAAAGCUGUCCAGUUGGGCGGAUGGUCUCGCGGCUAGUAACUCGGCACUCGAGCUUGAGCCUUAUCUACUGAAAGCUAUCUUGCGACGAGCACGCUGUAAGUUCGAGCUGAACGACUUCAAUGGCUGUCGAGACGACUUGAGUAUUGCUGAGCAUCAUCGGGAUAUCGGACCCUCUGGUCUCCAUGAGAUAAGAAAGCUUCGGCACGAGAUCGCUGUGAAGGAACGAGAAAGUCGUCGCCGUGAACAAUCCUUCUUCGCGAGGAUAUUCGGAUAG